AAUCUUGUGAAGGACUAGAACACUCAACGAAAAACAAGUUUCAGUCUGGGUAUGCAGAGUGUGUGAAAGACAUAACCGGUUUCGUAUCCAGCUUGGAAGGAGUGAGUUCUGACCUCAAGUCCAGAAUAACCGAUCACAUGACUAGAUGCCUGUCCUCUUUCAGUGGUGAUGAGGGAAUGACGUCAUCAAACGUCAGCAGCACCGUUCCAGAUUUAUCGGCAAGUUCAACACACAAAGAAGAUUCGGUAUCUUAUUUAGGUAUCGAUUCUCCUUCUUCUGCCUCCACCACCUCUGAGGCUUCCAAGAACGUUGUCACACCACGUUUAGAAAAAUCCCCACCCGUCCUUUCGAGAAGCAGAGGACCUUCUACGUUUACUCUUGACGACAAGACGCUACCUCUUGACCAACCAUGUUGUUCGAGCACUCCUGUUAACCUCGCACCCAGACCUCGUGAAGAAAAACAGAAACUUGCUUCUCCGGUAACAAAACUGGAUGUUACUUGUAAUAGUGAUUCAGGCUUUUUGUCCAAUCCGGAGUUCUCUCAAAGUUCGUUUUUUACUGAUAGAAAUACUCCAAACCGUUUCAGCGUUAUCAGAAGAGCGUCGUCAUCAACAGUAGUCACGAGUGACGUUUGGAGACCAUGGUAACCAACAGCCGAACAGUGAUCACGUGACUGACUUCUUUAUACUGUGAUAUGGGACACCUAGAAAUACUGAUAGAAAUACUCCAAACCGUUUCAGUGUUAUCAGAAGAGCGUCGUCAUCAACAGUAGUCACGAGUGACGUUUGGAGACCAUGGUAACCAACAGCCGAACAGUGAUCACGUGACUGAUUUCUUUAGACUGUGAUAUGGGACACCUAGUUAACGUUUUAUUGGUCUCUAAUGAUUGCAAGAGACAAGUUUC